AUGUCUCUCUCUCUCCCCUCGACAGCCUCGUCCUCUCUCCGCUCUCUGCGGUCCCUCACUCUGGGCGCUACUCGAUCAUACGCUUCCCUCUCACCGUACUCUCCUCCUUCGUCAUCCGACUACCCCCCACCUCGACGACCCACCCGUCCAUCUUCUAGCGAAUUCUUCACGGGCCGUCCAGUGUUCCAUGAAUCCCUCUCAGAACUGAACUUCACCAUAGAUUCUAUCAAGAAAUCACUAAGGGUCAAACACAUAUAUCCUCUCCCUUCGGAUUUACCGUACGUCAACCCCCCUCAGGCAAAUUGGAUUUCUAAAGAAGAACUAUCAACAUUGUUCGAUAUCAAACUACGUACCAACACUUUACGUCAGGUUCACGAACUUCUAUCUGAGCUGAAUCACCUUAGACACGUUUCGGACUUGAGUGGGAAUGGUGAACUUGUAGGAAAAAUCAACGAAGUCUUGUCUAGGUACGAAAGGCGCUCUGCUUCUUCCUUUUCGUCUGGGGUGGACUCUCAGAAGUCAGGCGAAGAGGAGGAAGGACAAGGGAUAGAUGUAUUUGGUAGAUCCUAUGGAAUGGGUAGAAAGAAAACUUCAAGCUCGAGAGUAUGGCUUAUACCCUCCCAAAGUUUACUUUCAACUACGACCGAUACAACUUCUUCAACUGCGACGUCGGCGGAAAUCCUGAUCAACCAUGUACCCCUUUCACAGUAUUUUGUACGACCCUCUGACCGAGAAACUAUUCUUCGUCCGUUGAAAAUCACUGGAUACCUUGGGGCAUUCAAUAUAUUUGGGUUUUCGAGAGGCGGAGGGAUGUCCAGUCAGGCUUCGGCCGUGGGAUUGGCAGUGGCUAGAGCGUUAGGGGUAGCCAAAGAAGAUGCGAGGGAUAUCUUACAGGCUGAUGGCGCCCUUAUGAGAGAUACAAGAAUGACGGAGAGGAAGAAGACGGGUAGAGCCAAAGCUAGAAAAGGAUACACUUGGGUCAAACGAUGA